GGCGGCGUGCCGGAGUCCCCGCGGGCAGGUGAUGAUCUCCAGGUUUGUACUUCUAAAAAUCCAACAUGCUGUACCAAAAAGAUGGAAGAAAGGUAUCAGAUUGCAGCAGAGCAAGAUAUACAGCAAGUGCUUCAAACAUCAAGUGCUACAUUAAAAUUUUUAAUAUCUCAUAAUGCAGCUGCUUUUCAAGAAACCUUUGAAAUGCUUAUCAGACUGGCUGAGAAUUACACAAGCACACUUUUCUGCAAUGCGUAUAGGACCAUGGCUGCUGAGGCUACUGCGCAUGUGCAGGAGUUUUUCACAGAUGUUGGACUCUUCUUAUUUGGCGCAGACGUCAGCACAGAGGAAUUCGUGAACAGAUUUUUUGACACCCUGUUUCCAGUAGUCUACAACCAUGUGAUUAACCCUGGUCCGACUGACAUUUCGCUGGAAUACGCGGAGUGCCUCCGAGUGGCGAGAAGAGACAUCAGGCCCUUUGGCAACAUUCCCAGAAAGGCCAUAGGAGAAAUGGGAAGAUCACUCUUACCCAGCCGGACUUUCUUGCAGGCUCUGAAUUUGGGGAUCGAAGUGAUCAAUACAACAGAUCACCUGCACUUCUCCAGAGACUGCAGCAGAGCUUUGCUGAGGAUGCAGUACUGCCCACACUGCCAGGGGCUGAUGCUGAGCAAGCCCUGCAUGGGCUACUGCCUCAACACCCUGCGAGGCUGCCUGGCUGGCCUAGCAGAGGUGGAUCUCCACUGGCGGGGCUAUAUCCAGUCCCUGGAGGAGCUCUCAGGAGCCCUGAGCGGGGCACGCGGCAUCGAGCACGUGCUGCUGAACUUCCACUCCCUGGUUCGUGACGCUCUGGGACAGGCUGGGAUCAACGGGCCACAGGUAUCUCAGCAGGUGAAUAAGAUAUGUGGUCCUCCUGUAAGAAAGCCUAAGCAAUCUCCUGCUUGCUCCCUUGAUCAGAACAAAGAUAAUCAUGGGUUGAAGAUGUUCUCCAGAGACAGUGAGGAAGCGCUCUCCAGCAGAAGAAAGGCGCUUCUGGGCCGCCUCCGUCCCUACAGAGCCUUCUACGGCGGCCUGGCGGAUCAGCUGUGCGGGAACCAGCUGGCGGCUGCCGACGGGCGCCCGUGCUGGAACGGAGAGGAUGUCGUAAGGAGCUAUACGCACCGUGUGGUUGGCAGUGGAAUCAAAGCUCAGUCUGAAAAUCCAGAAGUAAAAGUGAAGGGAACAGAUCCUGUAAUAAGUCAAAUUAUUGACAAGCUGAAACAUAUCAUUCAGCUGUUGCAGGGCAAAUCAUUUCCAAAAUAUGACAGAUGGGAUCUCCAACAAGCAGGCAGUGGUGGAGGUGAUGAACAAAUCAGUGGUGAUUGUGAUGAUGAAGAUGGUUGUGGAGAAUCUGGGAGUGGAGAAUUCAAAAGAGUCCUGAAAAUGACAGACCGGAUGCCUGACAAGAAGAACCUCAGUGACGUAAAGCAAAUCCAUCAAGCCAACGAUGGCAGCACUUUAGACACAACUGGAGCAGGAUGUACAGCAAUGCCCGAUUAUAUGACAUUUAUGCUGAUUGGUUUGGUAAUACUGUUUCUCAGUCUUUGGUAACUGCUUAUUUCUGGCUUGAUAUAUGUAUCUCAUUGUCAUCCAUUUAUCCCCCACUCACAAGGCUGGAAUAAGGGAUCUAGUGAAUAUAGCAAUAUUUAUGGUAUCCUGUAUAAGA